UGGCAAACAGGCACAAAGUUGUGACAGGUUUCUAAGUCAGUCAGGCUGGCGAGCGGCAGAUGGUUAACGCGAGAGAUUGAGGGAGUCAUUUAGUUCCUCUUGCCAGAAAUUAUUGCCCCAAAAUAAGAAAAGUAUUUUUUUUCACUCCAAUAUUAAGAGUGGACUUAAUGACUGUAUUAGGUAUAACAAAUUAGUCUAACCCUGAAUGAGAAUAUAGAGGCUAAAAUGUCUGGGUUAUCAUACUAAAAUUGAUUAUACUAUUGAUAAUAAUUUAGAUUAUUGAUUAUUUGCUAGUUGAUAUUAAUUUUAGAUUUGUUUCUUGAGGUGGUGGUUUUGGGGGGAGAAAUAGUCCUUUCAGAUCAUUUUAAUAGGAAUUCUCUCAGAGAUGGGAUCUAGUUUGGUCUCAUGGUUGUAGAAUUGGAGGCAGGAUGCGUCUUUGUGUGAAGAAGGUUUUUCUGGCUGUAUGCGGGGCGAUGGUCACCUCGUUGCUCUUGGUUCUGGUGGACCACCGGCGGCGAGAAGGGGCCAGCGGGGCCUCGCUGGAAAGUGGCCGGCGGGCGAGCGCCGCGGGCGGGCAGGUGGACGGAGGGGACCCGCAGCCGGCCAAGGUGGAGCUCAAAGACAUCUUCAUCGCCAUCAAAACCACGCACAAGUUCCACAAAGCCAGGCUGGAGUUGCUGCUACAGACCUGGAUCACAAGGGCGUGGAGACAGACAUACAUCUUCACUGACGGCGAUGAUGAGGAGUUGAAGAUCAGGACUGGUCAUCGAGUGAUCAAUACCAACUGCUCGUCUGCCCACAGCCACCAGGCGUUGUCGUGCAAGAUGGCGGCAGAGUUUGACGUGUUUGUGGCAUCGCGCCUGAGGUGGUUCUGCCAUGUAGACGAUGACAAUUAUAUCAACGUGCGCGCUCUGGUUGAGCUGCUGUCUGGCUUCCCGCCCAUGCUAGACGUCUACGUGGGGAAGCCCAGUCUAGACCGACCCAUCGAGGCUAUCGUGAAGCUGCACAACAACAAAACGAAAUCAGUGUAUUUUUGGUUUGCCACGGGAGGCGCUGGGUUCUGCAUCAGCCGUGGAUUGGCCCUGAAGAUGGCACCGUGGGCAAGUGAGGGGCGUUUCAUGCGCACAGCGGAGAGAAUCCGUCUCCCGGACGAUUGUACAAUCGGCUACAUCGUGGAGGCGGUGCUGGGGGUGAAGCUCGUUCGAAGCCCCCUCUUCCACUCCCACUUGGAGAACCUACAGCUGGUAUCAAGGGCCCAGAUACCUAGCCAGGUCACUUUAAGUUACGGAACGUUUGAGAACAAGAGGAAUAUAGUUGAAUUGAAGGGGGGGUUUCCAUUCGACGAAGACCCUUCACGGUUCAAGUCUAUUCACUGUCAGCUGUACCCCGAAACCCCUUGGUGCCCGUGGAGCUCUGUGGCUCGGGGUUGAAGUCACCACUUGCCAACUCUGCACUUUGUGAAAGCACUUUGGGUCAAGGACAUUUGCAAGUCAACGGCACAAAAAUAAAA